UCUUUAUCCCCGGUAACAACCUCUAGCUUCUCCUCCUCUCCAGCACCGUGUCCGAUGGCCGGUCCAUUCACCGUUCACACCGAAUGACCACCCCGGUGCAGAUGUUACACACGAGAUAACAGCGACACAAACUGCGGGUGUUUGGAUGCGUUGGCUCGGGUUAGCAUGUGGUCUGCCGGUGAGGAUGUUAGCUCGGGUCAGCAGCCCCUCCCCUGGUUGACACCGUGUGAUGAGGGCAGACUCUCACGGUAACCGGACCAGAAACACGUUCAUGCUCCAGUUUGACUUUGUCGCCCUUUCUGCAAGGUAACUGAGAGAAAGAGAAACCUCUUCUGAAAAGUACUCGGCCGCCAUGGCCCCUCACCCGGCGGUCCAGGCCGUCAUUGACCUCUCUGCAGGAGCCAUAGGGGGGGCUGCAUGUGUGUUCAGUGGGCAGCCUCUCGACACAGCAAAGGUCAAGAUGCAGACCUUUCCUAAUCUGUACCGGGGUUUCAUCCACUGCAUCACGUCCACCUACAAACAGGUGGGUCUGCGGGGUCUCUACCAAGGCACCUCCCCCGCUCUGAUGGCCAACAUCGCAGAGAACUCUGUGCUCUUCAUGAGCUACGGAUUCUGCCAGCAGGUCAUCCGCCUCUCAGCUGGUCUGCCCAACGAGACUGUGCUCAGUGAUGUGCAGAAAGCUUGUGCUGGCUCAAUAGCGUCCAUUUUCUCCUCGCUAGUCCUCUGCCCCACUGAGCUGGUCAAGUGUCGGCUGCAAGCCAUGUAUGAAAUGGAGUUAUCAGGCAAGAUUGCAAAGAGCCAUAAGUAA